AUGGCCGAGAUUCUAGAGGAUUUGGAGGACUUCGGGAUGAACCUCAACGACGAGGAUUCGCAGACCCUGAGAAAGCGUGGAAAGGUCGCGCUGUCCAACCUGCUUCAACGUGGGGAGAUCAUUGAGCAACAAGCCGUGGUGGAUUCGGAAGAGGAGUUCAAAACUUCGGGGCGGACCUUUCUCAAAAAGCCGAUGAAGAAAGCAAGCUGA